CUGGAAACUGUUUUACAUUCUUGUGCAAAGUCGGGGAAUUUCAAUAUUCUAGGCUGCAUUGUAAGUAAAGUCGGUCGUGGCGGUCUUCAGGUAGCACUUAACCGGCAAGAUAGACAUGCUCAGAAUGGUUGGCCACCCCUGUCCGUCGCAUGUUAUUAUGGUCAUGAAAAAGUGGUUGAAGCACUGCUGAAAUACAAUGCGAGGAUUGAUGUUUUCGACGAGGUAAGAGAAUUUCUUACUUUCAGAAAAACAGUGAGAAACGGAAAAUUCGGUCAUUCAAGACACCACUUUCAGAAACUAAAAUGUUUUCAUCAUGGUUUAGGGUGUACAGAAAGGCUGAUGGACUGA